UCUAAAAGUCUAAAAAUUAGUGCAAAAAUUAUAUGAUACUAAUAAAAAUAUUAGAAACUGUGUACUAAGAGUUUAAAAAUUAGUACCAAAAAUAAAAAAAAAAUCCUCAAAACACACCGUUAGGCAUCCGAUAACUGCAUUUAAAUACACAACAACGCCUCUACCAAACACAAACAAAGCUAAUGAGUCACGCACAUAGAUCCAAUGAACAAAAUAUCACAAGCUACAGCGAAUAACGGUACAUAUUGAAGACAAAAACGUGUAUUUAAAAAGAAUUUCGAGCGUCAAAUAAAUAAUUCAUAGCGGUACACGCAUUUCUAAAUUAUAAUACAAAGAAAAUAUUUAUAAUACAAAUCAAAGCGCUAACGGUUAUGCAAACGGAAAUAACGGUAGCAAUCUCCAAGGAAUAAGUAAUUUCGGUAACCUAACACAGCCACUAAAACGAAGUGUGCGGCUAUAAGCAAACGCGUUGAAGCGAAUAACGAGCCAGAAGUGAGUUUUCGUGUGCAACAAAGUCAAUAGGAAGAAGAAGAAGAGAAAGAGGAACCCCAAAAAAAAAGGAAACGGUAAGUCAAACAAAGCCGACAGCCAACCAGAGGCAGCAAAUGUAAACAACAAGCUUUAAGUGGUGCAAAAUACACAGCGACAAAGACAAAGGCAAAGGCCAAGCAAAUCUCGAAACUUGAAGACUGCUGAAGGCUGACAAAUUGUGACGGCGAACAAACAAAACUGGGACCGCGUAGCACGCUUGAGACCACAAGAAGUGAUUGUUGGCAAAAGUUGACUUGCGUUGACAGUUAGAACGGUUAGAAAGACACCGUGCAAACGCGCGAACCGCCGAACUAAGCGCGCUGAAGAGCAGUCAAGCCACAAGCGCACACAUUUGCUUGACAGUUGGCGCAAAACUGCCAGCCCAAGCCGCCGCAUUUAUGCGCUAACUAGUGCCACUCUAUUAACUACUCACGGCAGCGACUGUGUGUAAAUAAUAAGCUGUAGCUUUUAGUAAUUCGUGAAAGAAACGACUGAAAAAAAGCCUGUAGCUUCCGCUUCCGCUGGCUCGUACGUCUCAAGCAGUGUAACAAAACUCAACCACAUCGAGGGACACGAGCGCAAAACCAAAAUCUUAACAAUAAGACAACAGCGCUGUAGUUAAUUGACAGGCCAAGUAGCGCGCGCUCGUCUCAACAGCACAAGACAGGGUUGCAACCGGCAAACGAAAAGCUUACAAGGCAACGGGACAAUCUAAGGUGUCUGCUACACACGGCAACGACUACUCACACCUCGUCGUCGUAUUUGCACACUCGUUUAACUUGUAAAUUGUGCCGUUGGGUGAAAACCAGAAAUCCCGCGCGUUCACACCGUGUAAUUGUCGCGCGUAUUGAUUGAGUCGCAACGCGCUUUCGCUAAAUCUCCAACGAAUUGCGAUUUGGUUGUCACAAGCGUGUUUCGCCCAUCAAAUCCCACACACCAAGUCACCGCUUCGCAACUUGUGUGCUUCACUUGAGUUUUGCUUUGUUUGCCCGGUAACUCCGUACCUUGGUGACUUGGGGACGUGUUCUCCGCGUGACGUCGUUGUCUUACGCUUUUGUCUUUCGCCUAAAACCCAAACCGAAUUUAACGCGCAUCGCGCUCACUCGUUCGCUUCCAUUGUACAGUGUAGUUUGCUUCGUCUUCGUCGCUUGCAACGCGCACGUCAAUCAUCGUUUGUGUUGUGUCUCAAAUUUUUCAAUACUUAACUCACCGUUUGCAACGGCGUAACCGUUCUUAGCAAUAUAAUACAUCUAUCAACGACAGACAACACAACCUCGUCGUUACUGCAACUUGUCUUCGAGCAGCUGUAGUACUUGCAGCUAAUUGUACUGAAUCAACAUCGACACAUCCUCCACAAAUAUAUACAUACAUACUUAUACCCACCCGCCCGCAACAUCGACAACAGUUGUACGUGUGUUUAUUGCUCGGUAGCUGAAAUCAGAGGACAUGGACCCGUCGCUGCUUGUCGUGUUGAUCUUUCUUGUGAUAAUUAAAGAAAGCUGCCAAGGACCACACGAAAAACGUCUACUUAACCACCUACUAUCCACCUACAACACACUGGAGCGACCCGUAUCGAACGAAUCGGAACCGCUGGAAGUCAAAUUCGGUUUAACGCUGCAACAAAUUAUCGAUGUGGACGAAAAGAAUCAGAUUCUGACCACAAAUGCGUGGUUAAAUUUGGAGUGGAAUGACUAUAAUUUACGAUGGAAUGAAUCCGAAUAUGGAGGCGUGAAAGAUUUGCGGAUAACGCCAAAUAAGCUGUGGAAACCGGAUGUGCUUAUGUACAACAGCGCGGAUGAGGGAUUCGAUGGCACGUAUCACACCAACAUUGUGGUCAAACAUAACGGCAGUUGUCUGUACGUGCCCCCUGGUAUCUUCAAGAGCACAUGCAAGAUAGACAUCACGUGGUUCCCAUUUGAUGACCAACACUGCGAAAUGAAAUUCGGUAGUUGGACUUACGAUGGAAAUCAGUUGGAUUUGGUUUUGAAUUCCGAAGAUGGAGGGGAUCUUUCCGAUUUCAUAACAAAUGGCGAGUGGUAUCUGCUUGCAAUGCCUGGCAAGAAGAAUACCAUCGUCUACGCGUGCUGCCCGGAACCCUACGUGGACGUCACAUUCACGAUACAAAUCCGACGGCGUACAUUAUAUUAUUUUUUCAAUUUAAUUGUGCCGUGUGUGCUGAUAUCAUCGAUGGCUUUAUUAGGAUUUACACUACCUCCCGAUUCGGGCGAAAAAUUAACAUUAGGCGUAACUAUACUUCUAUCCUUAACAGUAUUUCUAAAUCUUGUUGCUGAAUCCAUGCCGACAACGUCGGACGCUGUCCCCCUUAUAGGAGUUACAAUUCUUCUAUCGCUCACAGUGUUUCUCAACCUUGUAGCUGAGACAUUGCCCCAAGUAUCUGAUGCAAUCCCCUUGUUAGGCACCUACUUCAAUUGCAUCAUGUUUAUGGUGGCAUCAUCGGUGGUGCUGACGGUUGUUGUGCUCAACUAUCAUCAUCGCACGGCGGAUAUACACGAAAUGCCGCCUUGGAUUAAAUCCGUUUUCCUGCAAUGGCUGCCAUGGAUUUUACGUAUGGGUCGUCCGGGCCGAAAAAUCACACGAAAAACAAUUCUACUAAGCAAUCGCAUGAAAGAAUUGGAAUUAAAGGAACGUUCUUCCAAAUCACUACUGGCCAAUGUGCUGGAUAUCGAUGAUGAUUUCCGGCAUACGAUCUCCGGUUCACAAACGGCGAUCGGUUCAUCAGCAAGCUUCGGUCGCCCCACAACGGUGGAGGAGCAUCAUAAUACAAUAGGUUGCAAUCAUAAAGAUUUACAUUUGAUUCUUAAAGAAUUACAAUUCAUAACAUCACGUAUGCGUAAAUCCGAUGAUGAGGCGGAAUUAAUAAGCGAUUGGAAAUUCGCGGCAAUGGUUGUGGAUAGAUUUUGUUUAAUUGUUUUUACGCUCUUUACAAUUAUCGCAACAGUCACCGUUCUGUUGUCGGCUCCACACAUUAUCGUGCAAUAAGCCUAAAUGCACACGAGGUUUAAGCAUAAGCCUAGGAUAGACAUAUGGAAACUGCAUACUUUAGAUGAAGAAGAAAUAUUUAUUUUUUCCAGAGGAAAAAUCACUUACAUACAUAAUUACAAAGAAAAGCAAAUAAACGAGAGGAGCAAUGCAAAUUCAAAGAGAUUUAGCACUUACAUAGACGUAGUUUAGUGAAGAUGAUGAGACUACUCAAUAAUUAGAAAAUUAUACGAAAGACAAUUGAAAAGUUCACCAAAAUCAAUACAAAAAAAUUGUUAAUUAAUUAUUUAAGAAAAACUGAAAACUAGUUAAAAAUUAAAAAACAAAAAAUUAAAAUAAAAAUAAAAAUUCAAAAAAAAAACACAAAAUAUAUGUAUAUACAAGUAAUAGUAUGUAGGGAAACUGGCAACAAAAUGGUUACUUAAUGCAAGCAAAUUGAAUUACUUUUAUGACAUGACAUAAGAAAAACUUCAAAACAAACUGCCGUACACAAAUAUGUUGAAUAUUUCGAAAAAAAAAAUAAAAUAAUAGUGAAAAUAAAUUAAAAAAAUACAAA